UCAGCCGAGCCCGGCUGCACAGGGGACAGCCCAGGCCUGCCCGGAAGUUUCUCUCGCCCCCAUUUCCAGAAGCUUCUGUGGGCCCCCCUCCAGCCCCUUCUCCCGUCCUUACGUAUUCCCCCACCCCCACCGGUCAGACUGGUGACACUUUUGCCUCCCCGUUAGGGUUCUGGAGAGCAGAAGUCACAUUCCUCCCCCGUCUCCGGCUCUGCCUGCCCCUGCCCCAGAGCACAGAGAGGCUCUUCGCCGUCAGUUUGGUGUCUCCCUCCCCAGCCUCUCACAGUCUUGGUUUCUCCCUUUCCGUCUCCAGCCCUGUGUCCAAGCAGAGAAAAAACGUCAUCAGCUGUGUCACGGUCCACGACUCUCCCUACUCCGACUCCUCCAGCAUCACCAGCCCCUACGCCGUGCAGCACUGCUCCGGGCACAGCGCCACCGCCUUCGACACCAAGGGGAGCCUGGAGUCGCACUGCACUGGGAACCCCCGGACCAUCAUCGUGCCGCCCCUGAAAACCCAGGCCAGCGAGGCGCUGGUGGAGUGUGAUAGCCUGGGGCCAGUCACCACCAGUCACCACUCGUCCUCCUACAAGUCCAAGUCCUCCAGCAACGUGACCUCCACCAGCGGUCACUCUUCAGGGAGCUCAUCUGGAGCCACUGCCUACCGGCAGCAGCGACCUCUCAAUCUCAGCCAGGCUCAGCAGCACAUCACCGCAGAUCGCACGGGGAGCCACCGACGGCAGCAGGCCUACAUCACCCCCACGAUGGCCCAGGCGCCAUACUCCUUCCCACACAACAGCCCCAGCCACGGCACCGUGCACCCGCACCUGGCCGCCGCCGCCCACCUCCCCGCCCAGCCCCACCUCUACACCUACACGGCGCCCGCCGCCCUGGGCUCCACUGGCACCGUGGCCCACCUGGUGGCCUCCCAAGGCUCGGCGCGUCACGCCGUGCAGCACACCGCCUACCCAGCCAGCAUCGUCCACCAGGUCCCCGUGAGCAUGGGCCCCCGGGUCCUGCCCUCGCCCACCAUCCACCCGAGUCAGUAUCCAGCCCAGUUCGCCCACCAGACCUACAUCAGCGCCUCUCCAGCCUCCACCGUCUACACUGGAUACCCACUGAGCCCCGCCAAGAUUUCUUUUCUCUUUGAGUCCAUCCCUCGUCACGUAGCGUAGGGCCCGCGGCGUCGCCGACACCCUGGUAGAUGUCGCAGUCUGCACCUGUCUGUGCUACUUUGUGUUCACCCCCAACGAUACCAAGAGACUAUUUCUCAAUGUAAUUGCACAAGAAGAGCGAUCUCACCUAGGCACGUGGCCCGCGCCGUGGUCCAGGUGCACGCGCGGGUGCCCACGGUGCCGCGCUCCUGUCCCCAGCACCACCGCCGGCUCUCGCAGACUUGGUUUUACAUCUUUCCCUCCUAGUGCCUUAGCGACCGGGGACGCGGUUGAGGGUUUACUUCCACGGUACUCCAAGAAGCCGGCUGAGGCGAGUCACAUCAUCUCAGCCCUUCUUCUGUGCUGUUGCAACAUUUUAUUCUGGUCUUUCCUCU